AUGGUUCAUCAAACAGCUAUCAUACAUCCUGGUAGCCAUGUCAACGUUUAUCAUAAAGGUUUGAUCUACUCGACGCUAUCUCUAUUUUCCACUGUUGUCUUCCUGGUCGUGGCAACUCAUGCUAACGGCUGGAAACUAGAUCGAAAAUUCGGCGCAGUCCUAAGGAAGGUGUGGGCAUAUACUUUAAAACUAAAAUUCACUAAUAAAGCUACACAUUUCAAAUAA